ACACACAAUAAAUCACAUUAACAAAGCCCCAAACCCCACCCCGAAACAAGCGACCAAAAAGAAAAAAAAAAUGCCCAAACGCAAUUUCUCCGACUUCAGCGAGUCCUCAUCCCAUCGCAACCGCACACCCGAAGACCGGGCAUUCUCACUACAAACGACCCGACUGUUCCAACAAUUCGAAUAUGGCGUGAUUACAUUAUCCAAGGCGCUGAAGGUGGCGCGGGGGUUUGAGCGUCAGAAGCUCAGUCGGCGGGAAAAGACGGCGAAGACGGCGGAGGGGGGCAAGGAGGGGACGUUAGGACGGUUGGCGGAGGAGGUGGAGGUUACGAAGACACUCGACCCGGUAAAAGUCGCAGAGAAUUACCUCUUUCGACAACUCGUCAAGACGAAACGGAUCGCCGAGUCGCCGGUGUUUAUCAGAUUCAAGGAAAAGAAGAAGAUCUCGGCGGAGGGGCCAAAGAGUCCGGCCGAGGCGAAUGUGACGGCGCGGUUGUAUAAGUCGACGCCGGUGAAGAAUGUCUUUCCGGGGAUUAUGGAUGGGAUUCGGAAGUUGUUGGGGGUGGAGGCGAAGCCUGUUCUGAAGGAGGAUAAGGGGGCCAAGACGAAGGAUGCGGAGAAGGGGGGAAAGACGAAAGAGAAGAAAGAGAAGAAGGAUAGUGAGGCUGGGUCGAAGCGUGCGACGGUAUCGGUUGAGCCUGAAGCGGGGAACAGUGGAGAUGAGGAGGAUGUCGAUAUGGAUGAUGCAGAUGCGGACAGCAUUGACUUUGCGCAGUUCGAUGCACGACUUGCAUCCGGGUCGGAGGAUGAAGAUGGCGAGGAAGGAAGAGAAGAAGACCGCGAUAUCAGCGGCAGCGAUGACGACGAAGCCGAGCAGCGGGGAGUACACUCGGAUAUCUCAAUCUCCCGAUCUCCCUCACCCGAACAAUCCGACUCUCCACCCUCCAAGAAGGCCAAAGGUAGCAAGAAAGCCUCCUCGACCCCCGCCACGAGCACGACGUUCCUACCAUCCCUGACGAUGGGCGGCUACUGGUCCGGCUCUGAAUCCGAAGCGGAAGACGUGGAAACGAACGAGCCCCCCAAGCGGAAGAACCGCAUGGGCCAGCAGGCGCGUCGGGCGUUGUGGGAGAAGAAGUACGGCUCCGGAGCCAACCACAUCAAGCAAGACAAGGGGAAGCGAGGCCGGGAUAAUGGCUGGGAUGCGCGUCGGGGUGCGACGGACGGCGGAGACCGUUGGGGACGAGGCGGAAACCAAGGCUGGGGCAGGCCUCAGCAACAGAAUGGACGUCCUCAGCGUGGUCCGCCUGCGAAGCCCCAGGAUAAUAAGCCGCUGCAUCCGUCCUGGGAGGCGGCGAAGAAGGCCAAGGAGCAGAAGAAUACGGCUGCGUUCCAGGGUAAGAAGGUGGUGUUUGACUAGAUAUCCAGUUUUUGUAUGUACUUAUAGAUAU